AUGAACCAGAGCCCGGUGUUCGCGCCCCGCAGGGGCGGCUCUCCCCGGCGUGCGGCCGGGGCCGGCGCGCGGCGCAACGAGAGCCAGGACUACCUGCUCUUGGACUCGGAGCCAGGAGACGACGGCUGCCCUCAGCCCCCGCGGCCGGCCUACGGCUACUACCCCUGCCUCUGGGACGCUGACAGCAGGCUGACCCACCGGCGGCAGACGAUUCUCCGGGAGAAGGGGAGAAGGUUAGCCAACCGGGGACCUGCCUACAUGUUUAAUGACCGCUCCACAAGCUUGUCGGCUGAGGAGGAACGGUUCUUAGAUGCGGCGGAGUACGGCAACAUCCCCGUGGUGAGGAAGAUGCUGGAAGAGUGUGUGUCGCUGAACGUCAACUGCGUGGACUACAUGGGCCAGAACGCCCUGCAGCUGGCCGUGGCCAAUGAGCACCUGGAGAUCACGGAGCUGCUUCUCAAGAAGGAAAACCUGGCGCGUGUCGGGGACGCCUUGCUCCUCGCCAUCAGUAAAGGCUACGUUCGGAUCGUGGAGGCCAUUCUCAGCCACCCGGCUUUCGCGGAGGGCAGACGGCUAGCCACGAGCCCCAGCCAGUCCGAACUCCAGCAAGACGACUUCUACGCCUACGAUGAGGACGGGACGCGGUUCUCCCACGACGUCACGCCCAUCAUCCUGGCCGCCCACUGCCAGGAGUACGAAAUCGUGCACACGCUCCUGCGGAAGGGGGCUCGGAUCGAACGGCCUCACGACUACUUCUGCAAGUGCGGCGAGUGCAGCCAGAAACAGAAGCACGACUCCUUCAGCCACUCCAGGUCCAGGAUCAACGCCUACAGGGGCCUGGCGAGCCCAGCUUACCUGUCGCUGUCCAGCGAGGACCCGGUCAUGACCGCUUUGGAGCUGAGCAAUGAGCUGGCGGUGUUGGCCAACAUUGAGAAGGAGUUCAAGAAUGACUACAAAAAGCUGUCAAUGCAGUGCAAAGACUUUGUUGUUGGACUCCUUGAUCUGUGCAGAAAUACGGAAGAAGUAGAGGCCAUCCUGAACGGGGAUGCUGAUGUGCGCCACAGUGGGGGAGAUCACGCUCGUCCAAAUCUCAGCCGCUUAAAACUUGCCAUUAAAUAUGAAGUAAAAAAAUUUGUAGCUCAUCCAAACUGUCAGCAGCAGCUUCUGUCCAUCUGGUACGAGAACCUGUCCGGUCUACGGCAGCAGACGAUGGCGGUGAAGUUUCUGGUGGUCCUCGCGGUGGCCGUGGGAUUGCCCUUCCUGGCCCUUAUCUACUGGUUUGCCCCGUGCAGCAAGAUGGGGAAGAUUAUGCGGGGACCGUUCAUGAAGUUCGUGGCACACGCUGCCUCCUUCACCAUCUUCCUGGGAUUGCUCGUCAUGAACGCGGCUGACAGAUUCGAAGGCACCACACUCCGUCCCAAUGAGACCAGCACGGAUAAUGCGAAACAGCUGUUCAGGAUGAAGACCUCCUGCUUCUCGUGGAUGGAGAUGCUUAUUAUCUCCUGGGUCGUAGGCAUGAUAUGGGCCGAAUGUAAAGAGAUUUGGACAGAAGGCCCCAAGGAGUACUUGUUUGAGUUGUGGAACAUGCUUGACUUUGGUAUGUUGGCCAUCUUUGCGGCAUCGUUCAUUGCAAGAUUCAUGGCAUUUUGGCAUGCUUCUAAAGCCCAGCGCAUCAUUGAUGCAAAUGAUACUCUGAAGGACUUGACCAAAGUCACAUUGGGAGAAAAUGUGAAAUAUUACAAUUUGGCCAGGAUCAAGUGGGACCCUUCUGAUCCUCAAAUCAUAUCUGAAGGUCUUUAUGCAAUUGCCGUAGUUCUGAGUUUCUCAAGAAUAGCUUAUAUUUUACCAGCCAACGAGAGCUUCGGACCUCUGCAGAUAUCGCUGGGGCGAACAGUGAAGGACAUCUUCAAGUUCAUGGUCAUCUUCAUCAUGGUGUUUGUGGCCUUCAUGAUCGGGAUGUUCAACCUCUACUCCUACUACAUUGGGGCAAAGCAAAACGAGGCUUUCACCACAGUGGAGGAGAGCUUUAAGACCCUGUUCUGGGCGAUCUUUGGACUUUCUGAAGUGAAGUCGGUGGUCAUCAACUACAAUCACAAGUUUAUUGAAAACAUCGGUUAUGUUCUCUAUGGAGUCUAUAAUGUCACGAUGGUCAUUGUUUUGCUCAAUAUGCUAAUUGCAAUGAUCAACAGUUCAUUCCAGGAAAUUGAGGACGAUGCUGAUGUGGAAUGGAAGUUUGCAAGGGCCAAGCUUUGGUUUUCCUACUUUGAGGAGGGAAGAACUCUACCUGUUCCUUUCAACCUGGUGCCAAGUCCAAAGUCCCUGUUUUAUCUCUUACUGAGACUUAAAAAAUGGAUUUCUGAGAGGUUCCAGGGCCGUAAGAAAGGUUUCCAGGAGGAUGCGGAGAUGAACAAGAGGAAUGAAGAAAAGAAAUUUGGGAUUUUGGGAAGUCACGAAGACCUUUCAAAAUUACCACUGGACAAAAAACAGCUUGGGCAUAGUAAGCAAUCAAGUGUGCGGAGCUCGGAAGAUUUCCAGCUGAACAGUUUCAGCAGCCCUCCCAGGCAGUAUCAGAAAAUUAUGAAGAGGCUCAUUAAAAGAUACGUGCUACAAGCCCAGGUCGAUAAGGAGAGUGACGAAGUGAACGAAGGGGAACUGAAGGAAAUUAAGCAGGACAUCUCAAGCCUCCGCUAUGAACUCCUUGAAGAAAAGACUCAGAAUUCAGAAGACCUAGCAGAACUUAUUAGAAAACUUGAGGAGAAAUUGUCAAUGGAACCAAAUCAAGAGGAAAGCAAUAGAUAAUGCAAAGGCAUCCUUUUAAAAAUCAUAUUUAUUUGUCCACUUGAAGCCAUAUUAUUUUCCAAUUUAUUUUUUUAAGUACCAGUGUGAACACCUUUUAAACAAGAAAAUGUCCAAAGAUAACUUGGAUCAUCCAAUUAUCUAAAACCCCAAUAUUUAAUAUUUUUGGUGAUUGAAUUUCAUUGUUCAGGCUGAAGUUUGCAGAUUAUGAUGAAAAUUGUGCCCGGUGUUUGAUGUUUGUUUAUAUUAACUGCUUUCUGUGGUAUAACUGUUGUGAUGAUGUGAUUCCGUGUUGUGCCUGCUUGGGGACACUUCCUGUACAGCAUUUCUCCUGAAGGUGACUUCAGGUAACUUCUUGCCUGCUUUAUGGGUCCCCUGAUGGUGACUUCCAGCCCUGAAGCCUGGGGAAGGAUGAUCUGUGGGUAUUUGGAGAAUGCUGUUGAAUCGUCUACUCUGCUUGUCCCCCACAGAAUGUGACUGGUAAUAUCUGUGCAAAAUGCGAUUAAAUCCUUCCUGAGCUUUUG